CCUAAUGGGCAACCGUAGAACAGCGUUGUUGUGGAAAAAACUCCGCUUUAUUCAAUGUACCUCCAGAACGACAAGAGUUUAAAUCUGUUUUUUUUUUCUAGUUAAACAGUGCUGUUAUUGUGCAGAAUAUUAACAUUUUAUUUGGUGGAUUGUUGAAGAAUAUACUAUUGUUUUUGUUAUAUAAAAAUCAGUUGAGAAUCUCCAUCUUUCCUACAUGAUGGCUGGGAGAAGCGCGGUGAUAAUCGAUAGAUGGAUGCAGGUAACCUUCCUCCUAGAGCGCGCAGCAUCACCACGCAUCCUUACUCCGCUGUGCAGCUUCCCUCACCAUCACCACACAUGUGAAAAAUCGCCUGUGGGGAGCCCAGCCUAUUGAUCUCCCAAACAUCUGGAAAACCUCCUAUUUGUGCUUGAAGGCGAGCUAGAGUGAGACAGCGGCGGCGGCGGCGGCAGCGGCGGCGGGACGGAGCGCCCGACACCUUCUUCUAGGCAUCAAUAUGCUGUAGUGUGAUAUAGCAGCUCUGCGGAGACGAGAAGGCCAGUCCAUGGCAUCUUGAUUUUUUUCCCCAAACCCAUUUUGUUCAUUGCUCCCUGAUUCCACCCCCCCCCCCCUUUAUUUUCACGCAUUUGGUGCGAUUUUUUUUUCAACUUGUGGGGGAAAGAAGGGAUUAACUUGACCGAGAUAACGGAGUGAAGAAACCUUUCCAAUUUGACCAGAUUCAGUUCGGGAGGGGAUUAUCGUUGGACCUGCGAUGGACUCCAGCGCGGGGGAGCAUGGCAUGGCUCGCUCGGGAUUGUUUUUGCUUUUGACUGGGCUGAUGUGGAGGUUUGGCGGCGCUUGCCCCGAAUCCUGCACUUGCAGCAUCUCAAGGAUUGUUUGUAUUGAUUCCGAGCCGGGGAUCGAGGAUUUCCCCGUCCUCACGUUGGAUGACAUGGAAAACAUCACGGAGAUAUACAUUGCCAAUCAGAACAGACUAUUUGACCUCAGUGACAGCAGUCUGAGACACUACAUCAACCUCAGAAAUCUAACGGUAACUAGGACAAGAUUGACAUCUAUAUCUUCAGACGCAUUUUUUAACAACACAAGACUUCAAUAUGUAAAUUUAAGAGACAACAAUCUGUCAACGCUCUCAUGGAGAACAUUUCAGAACUUUAACAUUACAUUUCCGCUUCUUCUGUCUGGAAAUCCCCUGGACUGUGUCUGUGAGAAUUUGUGGAUCAAACUGAAGCUCCAAGAAGAAGCCGACAGCCCAGAUCUGACAUGCACUGAUGACAGAGGAGUGACGAGAGACUUUGCUACCCUCACUCCUCCAGACUGCGUGGUCCCCACAGUAGAAGUCACCCCCCAAAAUGUGACAGAGAUGGAAGGGGGGAAUGUCAAGGCAGUGUGCAGCGCCUCGGGCUCUCCUGCUCCUGUGAUCCUGUGGAACCUGGAUAUGCUCUCAACCCACUAUGAGAUUGACCCUUUGGACACAGAGAGCAUCCUCACGCUGACAGGCCUGUCAUCAGAUGAUAAUGGAAGGAAGAUCGUCUGCAGUGUGGAGAACAUGGUCGGCCAAUCGGAGGCCACCUUAGAGCUCAACAUACUCUUUCCCCCCGCAAUCCUGCAACUGCUGCCUCCAGAGCGAAACCACCAUUGGUGCAUCCCGUUCACCGUGACCGGCAACCCAAAGCCUGAGCUGCGCUGGUACCACAACAACACCACCCUGGAGGAGCAGGACUUCAUCCGCACCAUCAUCCACGAGUACACUGAGAAUGAGGACCACGGAUGUCUGCAGCUGGUCAACCCCACCCACAUCCACAACGGCAAGUACAGGCUGGUGGUCAAGAACGAGUUCGGUCAGGAUGAAAAGACGGUUUCAGCGCAGUUCAUCGAUCCUCCUUACUUCAACACCACAGAACCAGAAUUUGGCUACAGCUACCCUGAUCCCUCACUUCCCCCUCUGGAUGACAGUGUUGCAGUAAGUGAUCCCAAUCUGGUGUACGUGGUUGUUGGGAUUGCUGGUGUGGCCCUGACUGGCUGUGUCCUGAUGGUGAUCAUCCUGAAGUACGGAAGAAACUCAAAGUUUGGAAUCAAAGGCUCCUCCUCAGUCAUCAGUAAUGACGAUGACUCUGCCAGCCCUCUUCAUCACGUCUCCAAUGGCAACAACACCCCGUCGUCCUCAGAGAUGGGUCCAGACGCAGUGAUCAUUGGGAUGACAAAGAUUCCUGUCAUUGAGAACCCGCAGUACUUCCGUAACUCCGGCAGCAUGCUGAAAUCUGACACAUUUGUCAAGCACAUCAAGAGACACAACAUUGUGCUGAAACGGGAGCUGGGCGAAGGAGCCUUCGGGAAGGUCUUCCUCGCUGAGUGUUACAACCUCGUGCCCCACCAGGAGAAGAUCCACGUAGCGGUCAAGACUCUGAAGGAGGCCAGCGAGAGCGGCCGAGCUGACUUCUACAGAGAAGCUGAGCUUCUCACCAACCUGCAGCACGAUCACAUCGUCACUUUCUAUGGAGUGUGUGUGGAGAGCGACCCGCUCAUCAUGGUCUUUGAAUACAUGAAGCACGGUGACCUGAACAAAUUUCUCAGGUCCCAUGGUCCUGAUGCUGUUCUCAUGGCAGACGGUCAGCACAGCAUCUUGGUGGAGCUCACUCAGUCCCAGAUGCUGCACAUUGCUCAACAGAUUGCUGCUGGCAUGGUCUACCUGGCCUCCCAGCACUUUGUCCACAGAGACCUGGCGACAAGAAACUGCCUGGUGGGAGAAAACCUGCUGGUCAAAAUCGGAGACUUUGGCAUGUCCAGAGACGUUUACAGCACAGACUACUACAAAGUGGGCGGCCACACGAUGCUGCCGAUUCGCUGGAUGCCUCCAGAGAGCAUCAUGUACCGGCGCUUCACCACAGAGAGUGACGUGUGGAGUCUGGGAGUGGUGCUUUGGGAGAUCUUCACCUACGGCAAGCAGCCCUGGUACCAGCUCUCCAACAAUGAGGUGAUUGAGUGCAUCACACAGGGCCGGGUUCUGCAGCGACCUCGCACCUGUCCGAAGGAGGUGUACGACCUGAUGCUGGGCUGCUGGCAGAGAGAGCCCUACAUGAGGCUGAACAUCAAGGAGAUCUACAGCAUGCUCCAGAGUCUGGCCAAAGCCUCUCCGGUGUACCUGGACAUCCUGGGCUGAUGCACCGGCGCAGCGUGUACGUACUCGGAGGUGGAUGUGUGCUGUUGUCUGUGGACAAGUGCUCGUGUGCUUGACAGCACGUUGACAGGGGCAGGGAUGGGAGGAGGAAGUGAUGGUUUCGCGGCUCCAUCUGUGUUAGGAUCCUGGCUGUAAAUGCUAACCGUCCAUGUCCUCAUCGCAUCAGCAGAAGCCUUAAAUUUGGAGUUUGGCUUUUUAUCUUGAUUUUUCUAAGGCAUGUUUGAAGAAAAAAAAGAAAACCAAAAUCCAUACAGAGCAAAACCGCUUAUCCCAACGUUUAGCUCUGCAGACACAAACAACAAAGAAACGGCUGACAUUUUCUGCUCCAAUCUCCCCGGAAUCCCAGAUUUUCUGGGAAUAACGGGCGUUUGAAAGGGUUAAAGGAAGUUUACAUACUUUCUUUACCAUUUAUUUUUUAAAUCACUUGUUCUAUUUUGGAAAUCUCCUUUUAGACAAAAGGUCUUCAACACAGUCCGUGCAAACGUUCUAAAAGUUGCAGAUCUGUCUGUUCAGUGUUCGAUCAGUGGGUCUGCUUUGAAAAAGCACAGAGUCUGAGGCAGCAUAGCUUAUUUUGUGAUGUACAUUUUAUUCCUACUCAGCAGCAUUGCCAUAGAGCAAAUGAACGUAUUCUGCUUAAAAAAAGAAUAAAAAAAUAUAAAUAAAGAGAACUUCACCUUCAUAGAUGGUCUAUGAAACUGGGUGCUCUCCUCUGAAAUGCCAGUCCCAGUCAGCCCGGUGGCGGCUGUUGCAGUCGCGGUGAAGCAUGUCAGCAUGGGCGAUCCAAAAUGCACUCCACUUAUUUCCUUGGUUUCCUGGGAUUUGAAAAAACAACAACAAAAAAACAUAUAAAAUCUAAAACAUAUUUACAAACUGUGAUUUGAGCAUCUUAUAUAGACUUCUGUAAAAUACAAUCUUUGAGGGAAAAAAGAAAAUAAGAAAAAAGGAACCAGUAGUGAUGAAUCGAGUCCUACAAACCACGUUUUUAUAUAAAUGAAGGUGUACAGCAGUGAAACGAUGAGCACUUUGUAGCGCUUAAAUCCCUCCUCCAAAAUCCAAACCCUUUAUCAUCUUCUUCUCUACCUAAAACCAUCAGGUUAGCUGUGCUAAAACAACCCCCCCCCCAGGUGAAAACAUCAGUUUUUGUGCAUCUCUGUUUUUCUACAGUGUUCUGUAAAAUAGUCCCACAUCUGCUGUACAUAAACAGCUGUCCAUUCUGUACAGUUCUGAUAUCUGUCUAUAUGAAUAGUAGGCUAUGUUUAAUAGUAUAAUCUGUUUCAAGCAGGUAACAUGUCCAAACUGUGUACUGAAGACAAUGUAUUACGGGCCGCUGGCAAUAUAAGUGUAAAUAAGAUUUUAUUUGUGCAAUGUUGUAUGAUUUCUUUGUGCUUGUUCAUAAUACCAGUGAGAAUACAAUCUUUUUUGGUAACCUUUGAUAUGGAGAGGACUUUGUCUGAAACGUUCAUUUCUGAUAAAAAAAAGAAAAGAAAAAAAAAGAAAAACAAGAUCUUGUCUCUCCUCUCCGCUGUGGUGGAGCGGUCAAAGGCGGCCUGAGAUUCAGCCUGUCUGCAGGAGGACCGCAGACUCCACCAACAUCAGGAUCGUCGUGUGUGUGGCCGUCGUCAAAGGUCUCCUCCUCCCGGCCCACCUCACCUGCUUUGACCACCUCUGACAGACUGUAGCCUAAUAACUGUGACUUUGCAUCAUGAAUAGUAUAUUAUUUUGAAUGUAAACUAGCUAGGUGGGGAUCUUUUUUGAAUGUAAUUUAUCCUGGGGAAGGGAAGGAGGGCUGUGAAGGAUUUUCUUUUGUAUAUACGGUCAAAAAAAAAGGGAGAAAAAAAAUCAAAAGUUUUCAUUCCAGUCAAGAUAAAAAAUUUUACUUACUAUGUUAAGAGGAGCAGAGUGAGUUUCUUUGAAUGUGUAAGGGUUUGCAAAUAUGUCUGAAUGCAAGAUGAGUGUGUGUGUAUGUAUGUGCGUAUGUGUGUGUGUGUGCAUACAGACUUAAUUCCGCUUUAUUCAGCCAGUUCUAUCAAUCAAUUCAACGCUUUGUGCAUCAUGUGAGUAGUUUAUCCACAAUUAAUGGAGAUGUUUCUUGUGAUACUGUGCAUUUAAUAAAGGUGGUAUGUCUUACAGUAAA